UACCGCGCGUAAGAAACUUAUGCAAAAGACAAUUACGCCGUAUUUAAGCCCACAUAUAUUGUUAAAAUAUUACAAAAGAACCGGGAAAUGUUUAAAAUAUGCUGUUAAUCGCUCCGUGUCUGAAAUAUUGAACGUUUGUAGUGUGCUUAUGGUCAGGAAGUUGUUAGUAGUUAGUGCAGUAAACUGCCUGUGAUCUCACGCGAGUCUCUGCAGAUGGAGAACUUUAUUUUGUAUGAAGAGAUCGGGAGAGGUAACAGAUCGGUGGUUUAUAAGGGCAGAAGUAAAGGCAGCAUACAUUUCGUGGCUAUCAUCUGCAGUGACAAAUCCAAGAGACCUGAACUCACAAACCAUGUGAGACUUGCUCAUGACAUUAAGCAUGACAAUGUGGUGUCUUUUUAUGAAUGGUAUGAGACUAGCAACCAUUUGUGGCUGGUGGUGGAGAUGUGCACAGGUGGAUCCCUGGCAGCGCUGGUUGCUCAAGAUGAGUGCCUGUCUGAGGAAGUAGUGCGAGAGUUUUCCAUCGACUUGAUGAAAGGUCUUAAAUACAUCCACGACUCUGGCAUUGUUGUCUCGGAUCUCACACCUGCAAAGAUUUUGUUGGAUGGACCAGGAACUCUGAAGUACUCUAAUUUCUGCCUGGCCAAAGCUCAAGGAGAAAGUCUGGAGGAGUUCUUCUCUCUUGUGAUGGCAGAGGAGAUGGGAGCUGGAGACAGCAAGGAGAAUAUUAUCUCUCCACAAAACAUCAAGAACAGAAUUAAAGGUUCUCCUGUGUAUUGUGCUCCUGAGGUGCUGAGAGGAGCAGACACCAGUGUCUGCAGUGACCUGUGGGCUUUAGGCUGCAUUCUAUAUGAGAUGUUCACAGGAAAACCACCCUUUGUCUAUGAGAGUAUGACCGGACUAGUUGAUCUCAUUUUAAAUGAAGGUCCUCCACCCCUAAGACAAAAAGAACCUGCUUUCUCACAGCCCAGUCCAGAGUUUGAGAGCCUAGUAAUGGGUUUACUUCAGAAAGACCCUGUGAAAAGGUUAAGCUGGGACCCUUUAUUAUCUCACCCGUUCUGGAGGGAAGCAUUUUCAGAGACAUACAUCACUGUGGAAAAAGAGCAAGAUGAUGUCUCACCAAUGUCCAGCCUGCAUUUGGCCCCUGUGUCCUCUCAGACAACCAAGAAAGCACAGAUGGCACCUGCUGACCCAGCCAGCCCAAACCUCAGCAAGUCCUUCACUUUAGAUAAUGUGAUAGAGUUUAGACCAAAGUCUGCGCUGGACAUUGACGCCAGAGAGGCGAUUUUCCUCCUCAGCUCCAGACCAACUCCCAGAACAAGCAAUACAGCUCGAGAGACAGAAGACAAAGGCUCUGAAAUUCAAGAAUCCAGUGUUAUGGAGGAGGAGCAGAGUGACAUGAACGCCUGUAUUAAACCCCUUUUAUACACAGACAGUGACCUUACAGUGACUCCCAUCAUGGAUAACCCAAAGAUUUUAAAGACUUCUCCAGUUCGUUUUGACCCCAAAACGCUUUGUGUACAAGCACACUCAGCUGAGCGGUUGUCCUGUCUGAACUCAGAGGACUGGUCUCAGUUCCUGCAACAGGUGUGUGGUGUUCUGGAGUCAGUAGACCGGGCCGGAUCAGCCAAUGCCACAGCACCACGCACUAAACUCAACCUGCUCUGUUACUUGUGUACUGUCUGUAACCACAGAGAGACGGCCACACGCCUCAUACACUCCCAGCUGUUCCCUGUGCUGGUUCAACAGCUGCGACAUGCUCCGAACUGGGAUGUAAGGAGCAAAGUGAUGAGAGUGAUUGGACUGAUGGCCUCCCACUGCACAGAACUCCGAGAUAACGUUCCUGUCACAGAGGCAGUUGCCAUGUUCACAGAACUGAUCCGUGAGAACUUCAGGAGCAGCAAAUUGAAGCAAUGCUUGAUUCCACCCCUGGGGGAGCUGCUCUAUGUCAUUGCUACACAGGUAUAACAAA